AUGGCCGACGAUUCCCACGCAUCAGGAGGCAGCAAGAGCACCGCGACCGCCGCCGAGUUGCAGCAGCCGGAGCAAGGCCUCAAGUGCCCGCGAUGUGACUCCUCCAACACCAAGUUCUGCUACUACAACAACUACAGCCUCGCACAACCCAGGCACUACUGCAAGGCCUGCAGGCGGUACUGGACCAAGGGCGGCGCCCUGCGCAACGUGCCCAUCGGCGGCGGGUGCCGCAAGAACAAGCGGUCCAGAUCGUCCACAACGUCGCGCCUGUCGCUCGAGUCGAUCGAUCCCAUGCUCGGAGUACCUGACUCCGGCGCUGGCCUAAAGUUCCUAAGCUCGUUGCCCUCCCUCUCCCCAGGCUUCCAGGUCGGUGUCCUCCCUUUCUCCGGUCUCCAUUCUCUGGCUGCUUCAGACGUGUUCAACGGCAACCAGUGCAUCUCCUUCGGAGACAUGAUCUCCUCGCCCGGUGCAACGAUGUCUUCCUCAUCCGGCAUGGCUGCUACUCCUAUGAUGGAAUAUCGCCACCCGGCCUCUGCUGUAGGGGUUUAUAGCGACACAGGCGGUUGCUCUUCGUCUGUGGGGAACAGCCAUGCGAACAAAAGCAUUGCCCCUUCCAUCGAAUCCUUGAGCUCCAUUAACCAAGAUCUCCAUUGGAAACUUCAGCAGCAGAGAUUGGCUAUCUUCUUCGGAGGGCAAACUCAUACAGACAGCAGCAGCAGCAGAAGCAGCAUGCCUGCCUACCCAACUCCGAGCUCCAAAGAUGCCGGCUUGGAGGGCAACGAGUCCACAAAGGUUCGUGUCAGCAGUGAGCACAAUACUUCACCAGUAUGGUUCAUCGAGUCUUCUUCUUAUACCAUCCCCCUUGCCACCACCACCACCACCAAUACGACUACGAUCAUGACCAACAACAACAACGGCAGCAACAACACAAGCACAUGGAAUGGAACUCCAUGGCCAGCUUGGAGUGACAUGCCACAGUUCGGCACACUGCCAUGA